CCAAAUUGCAACCGUGUCGUCCUUCUCUUUGCGUCUGCGUCAAUCCAUUCAACCGCUUCAAGAUCAAAGUGGAUGGAUAAGGGGGAAAUGGGGAACUGGGUCGAGAGGGGAAAGGCGGGAUUAAUGGAAGAGGGCGGAUUUGGAUUGAUCAGACGAUAGGGCUGACAUUAGGCAUUGAUCCGUUAAGAUUUUGCCUUAUGGAUGGAUUUUGAUUUACUGAAAGCGAGGUGGAGAGGUCGAACCACACGAGCAGAGUCUCCAGUUCUUUCGUUGACAGGCACAAAACCCAUUACUCGUACCGCUGCUUUAUUCAAGGAGCUUUUCAUGACGUCUUGAUCUUGCUUGUCCGCAUUGGAGGGGAUAUCAUUCGGAAGAGACAACAAUGUCAGAACUCGAGCAUGGAUUUCGACAUCAAAGCCGUUGUUGGACGCUAGGGUUCUUGCGUCUUCAACUUGAUCUUGCUAAGCCAUUUCCAACCUCUAGUCUCUUGAUGACUUGGCUAUUUGAGGGCUCCUCGUUCAGCGAUCAUGUUCUAUCUUUGUUUCUGGGGAAAUCGAUCUUGACGCAGGCCAACUUGAGGGGAUCUCUUCUGCUUGCAUAUAUGGUGUAUAUGGCUUCACAGAAUGCCUGAAGUGUGAGCAAAUCAUGGUAUCUGAGUAUGAUAUUCAGCGGAUGAUAUUUCUGCCAAUGACUCUGCACUGGACACAGUUUCGCUCGAUGCCCUUGAACGGGUUUCUGAAGGCUCGGGAGAGUAAGAGAGGAGCUUUGAGGACCAGUAGAAUGGCUGUACAAUGCAAAACAAGGCGCAGUUCGAAGAAGACACAAGACGUUUCAUGAAGAAAGCCAGAGCUGUUGGAAACGGUGGGAGCGCGAAAUGCACAUGUGCCCCGAGGACGAUGUGUCCUUGGUACAAGAGACAACGGGCUUCUGGGAGUGCAGAAAAUCUCCAAGCAAGAGGAUUUCUAAGGCAAGCAGGCAUAGAAAUUUGAAUUGCAGCAGAAUUGCAAGGCACCUCAUAUUCCACCGAUCGAAGGGUUCGUGCGAUGGUUGCAAUCGUUCUUGUCGUACACUCCGUAUGGAAGAUUUACCCAGUGGCCUCUAGUGGAAGGAGAAAGGAAGAAGGGAAGGGAGAAGAGUGUGGCAAGGAGAGGAUGCAGAAUUUCGGAGGUGAUGGACAGCAGGUGAGAAACAGAGACCAGUACGUCCGCCGCGAUUUUCCGUUGAUCGUUCACCUCGAUUGUGGAGUCUAUCGCUCUACUUGGAGUGUUUUCGAUAUUUAAACCAAUUUUCUAAUCAGUUUAAAUGAGCCUCGAGGAACUUGCGGGAUGCCACAGAAUCCAACGGAAGCAUAUUAUACGGGAGAUGAUUUGCCCCCGGAUUUGCAGCUGGUGUCUCGCGAUCGAGUCGGUACUCAAAACGGACAACGCCCUCGUCGCUUGGCCUCAAUUCAUUCUUGACGACCUAGAAUGCUUCUACCACCCCAACCUCUCCGUCUCCCCUUUUCUCUCCCUCUUUACGUGCUUGCUUGAAGCGAUUUUCUGCCCUGCUUUCCUUUCUUAAGUUCAUCUCACAUUCUUUCCCUUUGUCCUGGUUGCUCCUGUCUUCUACACUCUAUAACGAGACGUAAAAAUGACACAACGCGUUACUUCUGCCCCAUUCACCCGUCCUCAGCCCUCCCAGCUUGCAAUUGAGUUUCAGCAAAGCCAGAAGCGAUAUGCGACUCGUCCGAUAAAUCAUUUUCCCUGGAAGGAUUUCCAUUUGAGAAUGUCGGGGCAUGGAUAUGUUAUUGGGACUGAUUGGGCAAUGACGACGUUCGAUACGCGUACGGAAGACCAAUUCUUUGAUCGUAAACGCUUGCAGACGAUCGAUGAAAACACCGAAGUCCUAUACUUUCACCCCUUCGACCCGCUUAACUACUCAAAUGAUUCUUUGGAUUUCAAUAUCGAAGAGGACACCAGCGAUCAGUUAGAGAGGCCUGGACAGGAAGGUGUCCUAAAGAAAAUAUACGUUGGAACGAAGUCUGCACUCUCCCAGAUAGAGCUCAAAGCUCGCGGUUUCUUUUAUCAUCUUUUCGGGCAUCCGUAA